AUGUAUAUUUGCUUUUUCUCCACUACCCCCCCUCUCUCUCUCUCUCUCUCUCUCGUAGCGGGAGAUCGAGUGCAAGUGAGAGUUGCUAUUUGUAUAUCGCUUCACGAAAGGGGUUUUAUUCUUAGUUGUGAUAUCAAAAGACAAACCAUUCUUUCUAGUCGUCACUCAACGCCCGUUUGUGUGCAGUUACCGUCUGUAGGCUUCACUUCUCUUAUCCUACAAAGUAUUUGCUUUUUAUUAUCCGAACUCUUUCUCUCUGUUGUCAGUAUUAGUUGUUUUUUUUUUUUUCUAUUUAAUUCUUUCUUCCUUUCUUCCUUUCUUCCUUUCUUCCUUUCUUUCCUUCUUUCUUUCUUCCUUUCUUUCCUUCUUUCUUUCUUCCUUUCUUUCCUUCUUUCUUUCUUCCUUUCUUUCCUUCUUUCUUUCUUCCUUUCUUUCCUUCUUUCUUUCUUCCUUUCUUUCCUUCUUUCUUUCUUCCUUUCUUUCCUUCUUCCUUUCUUUCUUUCUUUCCUUCUUUCUUUCUGUUUAUCUCUGUCUCUUGACUAUCCCUUCAGUAAGUUCCUCUUCUCUUUUGACCAAUCCUUCUUUGACCAGCCGACGGUUCAAGAAGCCAACAGAUAA